AUGGCCAGCGAUUUCAAGCUGUCCGCUACCCUUCGCGGGCAUGAAGAAGAUGUUCGAGCCGUCGUCUUUCCCACCAGACAAGCCAUCUUUUCCGCAUCACGAGACAACACCGUCCGGCAAUGGAAUCUAGUCUCGCCCAAGCCACCGACUUACGAUGACACGAUCGCCCUGCAAGGUUCGAACUGGUUCAACGGCGUCACGUAUGCGCCGCCUUCGAAAGAGCACCCGACAGGCCUGGUAGCGGCUGGAGGGAGGGAGACCUUGGUGUUUGUGAAGCAGGUUGGGCAACCGCCCGAAGAGGAUACCCAUCGAAUGCUGAUAGGGCAUGCCGGCAAUAUCACUUGUGUUGCCUUUACUGAAGAUGGGAACAAAGUCAUCAGCGGUGGCUGGGACAGUCAAGCAUUCGUAUGGGAUGUAGAGACUGCGAGCGUUACCGCAGCGCUCGAGGGACAUGGUGGACCUGUAUGGGGUGUCAUGGUGUAUGACUCGAAGCUUGUCCUUACUGCAUGCGCCGACAAGAUCAUCCGCGUCUUCGACAUCAACGGCAAGACGCUCGGCGCCAUCAAGGGCCAUACCGAUGUGGUUCGAUGCUUCUGCAAGCUUCCAAGUGGACACUGGUCUGGCGCAGCUUUCGCAUCUGCGGGAAAUGAUGAAGUCAUACGCCUUUGGACACUUGAAGGCCAGCAAAUGGGCGAGCUCGAGGGCCACAACGCAUACAUCUACAACCUUGCAAUUCUCCCAAAUGGCGACAUCGUCAGCUCGUCAGAGGACAGAACUGUGCGCAUAUGGCGCGAUGGGAAGUGCAUACAGACCAUAACGCACCCUGCGAUCAGUAUAUGGACAGUGGCAGCAUGCCCAGAAACGGGCGACAUUGUCAGUGGCGCCAGCGACAACAUUAUUAGGGUGUUCUCACGAGAUCCUGAGAGACAGGCCGACGCAGAGACAAUCAAAUCUUUCGAAGAGAGUAAUCGGAUGUACGCCAUACCUGCCGAAACUGCAAGCCAAGGUCAACCAUUCGAAAAGGAGAAUCUUCCAGGGCCAGAUGCACUUCAGACGCAAGUCGGGAGCAAAGACGGGCAACAGCUCUUCAUUCGCGAGCAUGACGGCAGCGUUACCGCCCACUUGUGGUCCACUUCUACCAAUCAGUGGAAUCUGAUUGGCACUGUGGUGUCAGGUGAAGGAACAGGAGCAUCCAAGAAGACGCACAACGGCAAAGAGUACGAUUUCAUGUUCGACAUCGACAUCGAGGAUGGCAAGCCGCCGUUGAAACUACCAUACAAUCUCACCGAAAGCCCGUGGGAUGCAGCUCGAAAAUUUCUCGAAGCCAACGAACUACCCUUCUCCUACUACGAACAGGUGGCGAACUGGAUCUCAGACAACACAAAGGGUGCGAGACUUGGACAGGACUCGGGUUCUGCAAACCAACCUCCACCACAUGUGCGUGACCCUUGGGGCACAGAGAGGAGGUAUCGACCAGGAGACGUCGGCUCGUCAUCUGUGUCAGGCCAGCGGAAGAUACCGCAAAAAACAUAUCUUGAUAUCAUCGAGGGCAACCCAGGAAAUGCGCUCAACAUCAUCUCGCAGAAGACGGAGGAACUCAGCAAAUCUGGCAGCAUCACCCCUGAGCAAGCACUGCAACCUGAUGAGCUCGCAGCUUUGAAAGCUCUCCCCACGCAGCUGCAGAACAAGCAAGACCCACAUCCCACCGAACCGCAAGUGUCUGCUCUACUCAAGGUUGCGUCACAGUGGCCACGCAAGAGUAGGGUGCCUGCAGUGGGUGUCUUGGCCUUGCUUGCCGUGUCGCCUUCGUUCGUCAGCACGACAAGCGCGGGCGAGACGACCAUUGUCGAGACGCUUGGCGCAGCCGGCCUACUUGACCCGCUGCAAGAGACUGCAAAUAACGUCGUACAUUCGAUCCGAUUGCUGGUGAACCUGUUCAAGAGCGACUCUGGACGCCUGAUCGCCGACGGCACAUACGACGCCGCAUUGAAACUCGUCCGACCUUUUGCAGCUCAACCAGAAUCGCCAGCGCAAGCGAAAGCAUUGGCGACACUGUACCUCAACUAUGCUGUCUUGCUGACCAGUGGCGCUCCAUCUGGUGAGGCUGCGUUGCGCGAGGCCAGGGCAACGACGCUGCUCACCGACAUCGCGACUCUCCUCGAAUGCGAGAGCCCUCAUGCUGGAGAAGCGGACGUCCUCUACCGUACCCUCGCUGCUCUCGGCACAUUGCUAUCUCUGGGCGAUGACUUCAGACAGUCGUUGAAGAGUGGCGUCUCAGGCACCCUGCACUUCGUCUCGGUGAAGCCGAGUUCGCAGCUUCCCAACACCAAAGAGCUCAUUCAGGAGAUCAGGGAUGAGUUGCGUUGA